ACUCCACUUCAAUGGGUAUGCCAGGUAUAGCAAGGAUAAAUCUAUCACCCCUGACGCAAAAAGUAAUCGGUUGCGUGAUAGGGGAGAACGUCAGCACUGAAUAUCCUUGGGUAUACAUUAGGAAGGAGAUUAUCCAAGACAAUAUCGAUCUCCACGAAGAGAGCAGUGAUUUUUUGCCGGUGAAAGACAAAAUAUACGAGUUCCCGGACCAAAAAAUACUUAUCGGCUAUGUUCCGUCGCUAACUCAAGAGGGACAAUUCUACAUUUGUUUGACCCCCGAGGGACAAGAAGCAGUCAUAGAAUAUAUCAGGAAACAGAGGGAAGGGCUUGAGAACCGUGUCAGGAACGCGGUUUAUAAACCGCUGGGCAAAUGGGAGGAGCUUGGAAGCAGCGUAGAAAUCGAAGCGACUAUCGUUACAAAUACAAGGCCACUUUUAGAGCUCGAGUAUAUAUCUACCGCCGAGGUGCUGAACACAGAGCUGCAACUGGUAGACAGGGCAGUCGACGAUCAAAUAGACGGAUAUGUCGAACUGCUUCCUUAUCGUCAAACUUUCGAAAAUAUAUCACGAAGACUGAUGCAAAAUGCGACACAAGUGACGCGAAAGAUUCGCGACAUCGAGGCGCAGACGGUAAUUUCAACGCCCACAAAUUGCUGGAGCCAGUACGGCUACGAGUACAAGUCACCGGAUAUUUCGUCCUUCAACGAGGAACAACUGGAUCAACUGAGGAAUUUUCUUCGUCGUUUCACGGACGAAGUGUGCGAUGAAGUACUGUUAAACGACACUUGGGACAUCUACACGAACGACUAUAUGAACUUGGUGCAUAAUUCGAGAGAUACGCAGUGGUCCGUCCCAGAAAGCUACAAGGAACAUCUGAGUUUUCAUUAUGGUACUCAUGUGGUGGAGAAAGUGAUCAAUGAUGUUUCAUGGCAUACGCUGUGGACAGGAGUUCUAUUUGCUGCCUAUACACGGUACUCGAAGAGUCACCGUCUAGUUGGUCCUAAAUUGAUCGAGGAUGUGCUGAAGGCUGACCACGAUAAUUACGUCUUGGUAUGGUCGUUUAACGACAGUUUGACACCGAAAUUAAUUCUCGAGUGUACAAGAGAGGUAACUACGGUAGUCGUGGUCUGGCAUAUACCCGGGAAGAUCGAACAGAUCGAGACAGUAAUUGUAAAAACCCCGGCGCAAGUGAAGCACAAGCUCGCGAUAAGGCAUCUAACUACGUGGCUGCGACAAAUAUCGGGAACCUGCACAAUCAGACCGACCGCGAUGUCUUCGUUGAAGGACAGUCAAAGAGGAACGAUAACACAUAUAUCGUGGCUCCCGCCUUACAACAAAGUCGAUGAAAAUGGAAUAAUAUCAUCGUUACCGGAAGACGUUGCCGAGGAUGAAUUAACAGUUCAAUUUCUUACCGCUAGCGAUGAUGGCACGAUUGCCUUCUGGGAUUUAAAGUUAGUGGACUGAUGGCGACAAAAAUUGAAAAGUGAUAAGCAUCGAAUCGCGAAGAAGAAGUGGCCAUUGAAGCGACCCGCGACAAUGAAAGCCGCUUCACCGUAUAAGCAUCUUGAUCGUAUCUUCCAACCACAUUACCUGCUAAUAGUACAACAUCCCGAUAUCAGCCGUCGAGUGCGGAUAACUACCCUUAGUAUCUUUGUACCGACAUUUGAGAAGAAGCGCGUCGAUCUCGUUCCACCUGCGAAGGACAUUACCGUUAGAAGAUUUUUUAAAAAUAUAGUGGAAAAACCGGAUUACGAGAUGCUGCCGAGAAUAUGCGUGGGCACUGUUGAAGGUGACUUCGGUUGCGUCGAGUGGAAGGGAUUCGAGUUUUCCACCGAUGUAACUGUCCACACAGAGACUUGCGAAUGGUCCUGGUGCAAGAAGGUACACGACGGACCGAUAACUCACUCGGUAAGACCUAGGAUUUACAACGAUAUCGUAGCCACGAUAGGAGGGAAAAUAUUUGCCAUUUGGAAGGAGACAUUCGAUACACCGUUAAUGUGGAAGAAAUCGACUGUUGGAUACAGCGCUGCGUCAUGGGGCAGCUAUCGUCCGACCGUCCUGAUUUUGGCACGAAUGGAUGGCAGCAUCGAGAUCUGGGACUUUGUCGUGAAAAGCGAAGAGCCCUGCAUCGUUCAAAGUCUAUCGGGUCGUAUAAUUACGGGGAUUUAUACUCAUCCCUUGUAUUUGAAUCCACAGUGUGUAGGAUUUUGCGACUUUAAUGGCGCUUUAAGGAUGUUCUUGCCACCGGACACAUUUCUGAAAUCUGACAAGGCCAACGAACGGUGGAUGACCAAUUUUAUAAAACGACAAGUAAUGAGGAUAGAGAAUUGCAGAAAUUGGCAGAAAUUAUGGCGGGAGACGCAUCACGAGAUAAUUGAAGAGAAACAGAGACUGGUGCAGCACAUAACGGAAAGGAAAAAAUUAGAAGAGACGGAGAGGGCUAAAGACAAAUUAGCAGAGGCGGACACAACUACGUCGGAAGUAGCGAAGACUACGACGACACCAUUGGAAAUAAUCGCUGAAGCGCGAGAAAGAUGGAAAGCGAUGGAAUUAAAACGUAUGCAACAUGUUCUUUUGGAGAAGAAAGGUUUGAGAAAGGACGAGCUCGAAAGACAACGUGAACCUAUAUUGAAGAUGCGAGAGGACGCGCAAAAGAAGAAGGAGAAACUGCAGGAAACGCUGAAUAUGCAGAAUGACAUUUGUAAUCACACGAUGAGUAUGUUUUUCCCUGAGCGUCAACCGGAAAACGUACGCGUUUCGUUGAGUCCGCCGAUGCAAUCUGGUCCAAGAAAAACCCAAAUGGAUGUUACGUUGACGGACACGAUCCUUCAGGGAGAAGUACUUCAGUAUGACGGCCAUUUCUUGAAUGUUUUGAUUAAUUCGAAGGAUGUGUCUUACAUUGAUCCGGACGAAGAGAUUGUGUAUAAUUUCAUGGAGACGCAGACGGAAGUGUUGGCAUAUCUGCAGAAGAAUCCCUUGAUUCAUACGUUCGAUUGGCGGACAACGUUACGGGAAGGGAAAUCAAGACGAGUCUCGAUGGAUUACCAGUUAGAAAAUAAAUUUAACAAGGCGAAGAAGAAAUAA